AUGGCAAAUUCAGAAUGGGUAUCAACCACAUUGGUUAAGCGUACCGAUGCCGCUGUGUUGGCUGCCGUGGGCAUCAAUCAGUGCAGUCCUGUGUGGAAGGAUGAGGGUGGUUCAGUUUCUCGUAGGCGCCAGAAAAAACCCCACGCCGUCCGGUCCAGGAGCACAAUUGCUUCUGAUAGGUGGGCCAAGUCUCGUCAUGGAAGAUGUUCUGCACUUUGUUAUUUCUUGCUAUGGGAAAGGAAUUGCAAUGCCCCUCUGCGUAGAAAGAGGGAAGUGCUGCCUAGCAGGGCUCAAACAUCCAUGGACCCGGACUUCUUCAGGAUACGGCAUCGCGAACAGGUCUAUCAGCACCAACGUUGCUGGGACCCACCAGGGAAUUCCAGGCUCUAUCUUGGGACUAGAGUCUUGACAGUAUCAAAAUAG